CCUCUUUUUCCCUACAGAUUUAUUGUCAACAUGGGUCGCGUUCGCACGAAGACUACCAAGAGGGCCUCUCGCGUUCUCAUUGAGAAAUACUACCCCCGCCUCACGCUCGACUUCCACACGAACAAGCGUAUCAUCGACGAAGUCGCUGUCGUCCCCUCAAAACGCCUGCGCAACAAGAUCUCGGGCUUCACAACGCAUCUGAUGAAGCGCAUCCAGCGUGGCCCAGUCCGUGGCAUCUCGUUCAAGCUCCAGGAGGAGGAGCGCGAACGCAAGGACAACUACGUCCCAGAGGUCUCGGCGCUCGACACAAGCGCCACAGGUCUCACCGUCGACCCCGACACCGAGGAGCUCCUCAAGCACCUCAACUUCGAUAUCCCCGUCGUCAUCGAGCAGCUCGCCGUCAAUGUGCCCGAGCGCCCCGGCCGACGGGAGCGACGGAACGUUCCUGGCGCCGGCCGCGCAUGAGCGUGCGCCGGAGUGUUGUGUCGUGCGGGGGAGUAUGCGCUAUGACGAUCAUGCCAUGUACCGCUUUAUACUGCUCAAAACAUACAUGCUGCUCGUCUGCCGAUGCUAUCGGCGGGGUUUCUUUCUCACUUUGGAUUUGAAUGUGUAUUCUAGAUCUUCCAUGAUGAGUCCAUGUUUUCUUGUGAGCUCGG